GACGAGGUUUUCCUUCCGCUUGUGGCAUGGCCAUUCUUUGUGUUAAAUAAACCUGUCACUGUAUUGUCAAGUACACAACUCUGUGUGGGUCCGUGUGUACAAUUACUGUUGUCGUAGUGCAUAUACUGGCAGUAACAGGACGACCAGCGUCAGUGGGACUGAGACGGGAGGGAGCGACAUCUGCAAUACACACCUAUGUAUACGCUGGUGCUACUCGUGCUGGCUGCUGGCGUGCUGAUCCCCACAGCUCGCUGUGGAACAGGGAACGUCAUCAUUCAGGACGUAUGCAUGGACGACUCUAACGCUUCGCUGUCUCUAAUAUGUAAUACGAGUGGGAUGAUGCACAUUCUAGAGGAAUCAUACGGGGAAAGGUCGGACAAUAGUUGCCCAGUCAACUUCUCGACAUGCGUCAGCCCAAACAGAAACAGCACACUCCAUGCGAUAUGUAAUGGAAACGAGUCUUGCUCUGGACUGGUGAGCAGCCUACUGCCUAGCUGCAGCAGCGGUCCUCUUAACAUCUCCUACACAUGUAUCAGAGAGAGCGUUAACGUGUGUACUGAGAUUCGAGAACGGACGGAGAUCAACGGUUCUCUGUAUCUUCACUCCACUGGUUUUCCGAACAGUGUCGGCAGAGAUGCAAUCUGCAACUGCAACAUCACCGGUCACAAAAUGAAAGUCGAAAUAAUACAACAACGCUUGAACCACAGCUAUGUUACAUUAACCCGUGGGAAUGAAACCUACCAGAUACCACGAGCAACAUCUGAUUGGGUGGUUGUUGAAAAUGCGACGACACUUCAACUGAUUUAUGACAACUAUAAUUAUAAUUCAGAAGAUAUCUGGAUACUUAUUUCGGGCUCCGAUUCAGUGGUCUUCCAAUGCUGGACAGAAGUAAGAUCUUCAAUGUGGUCCAUUACAUCCAGAUCCACACAGAUACCAACUAGCGCAGCUCCACCAUCAACUAGGACAGUUACAUCAUCAACUACGGCAGUUCCACCAUCAACUACGGCAGUUCCACCAUCAACUACGGCAGUUCCACCACCAACUACGGCAGCUCCACCAUCAACUAGGCCACUUCCAGCCACAACAGAACGGUCUGAAGCCACAGCAGAAACCCCCCAUAAUCUAUCACCAACACCACUGACGACAGUGGGACAGGCACAGACGCCGCAAUCGUCCUUUGGGAUCCCUCAAACACAAGAUGAAAUGCCGACACGAUUGAUUGCCGCAGGUGUGGCUUCCGGUAUGAUUGUCCUCAUAGCAGCCAUCAUAGCUGUUGCUCUUUGCAGGAAACCCACAAAUCAGAAGAAAAGGAAGCCAAAGCCAGAGAGAAAGACGGGAAUAGGCAAAUCCCUGGGCGUCACUUGUGGAAUUAGGGUUCAGACAACGCAGGUCAACGCAAAUUCAGCGACCGCUGGUGUCAUCUCUACUGUCAUUCCCAAUUCUCAAACUCAGGUUUUCCAGGUAGACAUCCAUAUGGAAAGAGAGAUGGCUCCCCAGGUCAGCCAACAUGUAGUAGAUAUUGUUGAAAGUAAUGAAAAGCUUGCAAAUGGCGGCAAAAUUCAGCUGGUUGAUACAGUGAAGGUGAACAUUCACGAUGAUUUCCAAACGCAAGACAUGAACACCUACAACAGAUCUCAACAAUGUCCAAAUCAGAUGCCAAGUCAAGAUCAGAACAAUUCCUGCUCUGUUCAUGAAAUCACGAGCCCGCAUGUUCCAAUACCAGGGCACAUGUUGGAAAUGAGUGACCAGCCUGAGUGUACUCCUGCUGCCGGUACGCAGGAUGUUGUGGCACAGAUGCAUGAAGUGCCACGUGAAUUUGGCGUGGAGAAAACUGUUCCGUACAAAGUUAACAGUGAGCGUCCUGUUCAACAUGGGGAAGGCGCACUCUUACCUGUUGUGUACGAAGACAGAACCACAGUGUCUGGUGAGCACCUUCCUGGGGUGCUUAAAGAAGGAAACAAGGUGUCUGGUGAGCACCUUCCUGGGGUGCUUAAAGAAGGAAACAAGGUGUCUGCCGAGCAACUUCCUGGGGUGCUUAAAGAAAGAAACAAGGUGUCUGGCGAGCACAUUCCUGAGGUGCUUAAAGAAGGAACCACGGUGUCUGGUGGGCACCUUCCUGUGGUGCUUAAAGAAGGAAACAAGGUGUCUGGCGAGCACAUUCCCGGGGUGCUUAAAGAAGGAAACAAGGUGUCUUGCGAGCACCUUCCUGAGGUGCUUGAAGAAGGAAACAAGGUGUCUGGGGAGCACCUUCUUGAGGUGCUUGAAGAAGGAAACAAGGUGUCUGGCGAGCACAUUCCCGGGGUGCUUGAAGAAGGAAACAAGGUGUCUUGCGAGCACCUUCCUGGGGUGCUUAAAGAAGGAAACAAGGUGUCUGGCGAGCACAUUCCUGGGGUGCUUAAAGAAGGGAACAAGGUGUCUGGCGAGCACCUUCUUGGGGUGCUUAAAGAAGGAAACGAGGUGUCUGGCGAGCACCUUCCUGGGGUGCUUAAAGAAGGAAACGAGGUGUCUGGCGAGCACCUUCCUGGGGUGCUUAAAGAAGGAAACGAGGUGUCUGGCGAGCACCUUCCUGGGGUGCUUAAAGAAGGAAACGAGGUGUCUGGCGAGAACACAGGAGAGGAGCAAUCCUUGCAGUCUGAAGACGGUACAGAUAACACUCUCCAUCCAAGAGAUGAUGGGGAACCUUCUGUACAGACGGAAGAAGGUGACGAUCAAUCUCUUCAGGUUCAACAGCCCCCUACUCAACAAGAAGGCAUUAAUGAAAACAUGACAUUAACACAAUAAAUCACAUUUCGACUGCACAUGCUAUUAAAAUAGUUUUUUUCUAUUGCAAACUUGUUCAUCCAACGGAACUUUCUUCCGUCAUGGCAACGUCAACAAACAUUACUGCAAAAGGUAAAAGGGUCGGGAUCACUAUAAUGUUUUCUGAGAGGUGUAUUCAUGAUUGUUUGGCUAUCAAGACUUAGUGCUCAUAAAAACAAUUUUGCCUUACCGUAAAUAACGCUUGCAGAAAAUCAAUGUCAAAUUACCAGUCAUUUAUAUGUUCAUGGAAACACAAUAAGAUCUCUUUCGAGACGUUAUCUGCAGUAGGGCACCACUCAUGAAUUGCCACGGGCCGGUUGUUCACGUGUGAUGUCACGACAACAAGACAGCCAUGUUCUACUGAAUCUAUUCCAAACUGUCACAUUAACAACUCGGACAAUUUCCUAGUUUGAUAUCAAUGAGUAGACGAACCGUACGCAACAGGUUCAGGGAGCACAACAGCCGGCCCUGACAUCCCGCAAUACGCCGUACUUUGCUUCCACGUCAACAUCCGGCCCCGACAUCCAGCAAUACGCCUUACUUUGCUUCCACGUCAACAUCCGGCCCCGACAUCCAGCAAUACGCCUUACUUUGCUUCCACGUCAACACCCGGCCCCGACAUCCAGCAAUACGCCGUACUUUGCUUCCACGUCAACAGCCUGCCCCGACAUCCAGCAAUACGCCGUACUUUGCUUCCACGUCAACAGCCAGCCCCGACAUCCAGCAAUACGCCGUACUUUGCUUCCACGUCAACAGCCAGCCCCGACAUCCAGCAAUACGCCGUACUUUGCUUCCACGUCAACACCCGGCCCCGACAUCCAGCAAUAUGCCUUACUUUGCUUCCACGUCAACACCCGGCCCCGACAUCCAGCAAUACGCCGUACUUUGCUUCCACGUCACCGUCAGUCACGCUUAGCUAAGUGCAGACAGAAUCUGAGGUUCCAAAGAAAACCUGGGACAGCCGUGAUGGCCCUGCAAGGGUCUGCAGGCGUCCAGCAGAACGUUUAGCGACUCUUGCGUUACUCAAUGUCACUAGCUUUUUGGGUGGAAGUGUAACAGAAUUGGGGAGUGGGUGGCAUCACAACUCAUGGGAGACACAACCCAUUACAUUACUCACCUUUUCGCAAUAUGUACAUUUUAUAUUUGACCGUAGGUUUUUUUAAAAAUAUUUACACUUUGAACAUUUAAUAUAGCCCUAAUGCCAUACAAAUUCAACAAACAGUCCUGUUCCUAUCGUUGUAGACGUAGUUACCUGUACCUGAUAACAUACAUAUGUACAUGUGUUGAGGAACACUUCCUCCCUAUAGGCUGGAGUUGUGUGGUACACACGAUACUCCAAGCAAGUAACAUGGUUGUCAUGGUAGGCUAUUCAUUGGAGUAGCCACGCCGUGGCCUAUUAUGUUUACAUUGCAUUUCGUAAUGUUGAAUAAUUGCGUAAUUUUAUUGCUUUUCUGAGUGGUUGUUGUCAGCACGAUGCUACACUAUACAUAUGGAAUCCCGUUAACGCACAUGU